CGACGUGGAAGAAAAAGAAUAGAUUUCUGUCUGAACGUGAGAUACAAUGGCUCAGAUCUACGGAUCUUUCGAGCUUCUCGUCUCCGAAGUCACCGCUGACGUUUCCUCCUCAAGAAAGGUCUUUCGAGCUUCUCGACUCCAAAGUCUUUCACGGUCCCUCUUUUCAGACUAAAUAUCAAACGCAUCAGUUUUCUAAUCAGAUCAGACCCCUCUCUCUCUCUCUCUCUCUCUCUCUCUCUCUCAUGGGUGCUGAAGGAGAGGAAGCGAUGUCGAAUUCCUUCGGCCGCAGCGGCAGCGCACACAUUCUGGUGUUCCCGUACCCUGCGCAGGGGCACAUGCUACCCCUCCUCGAUCUCACCCACCAGCUUCUCAUCCGGGGACUAACCAUCACCAUACUGGUGACCCCCAAAAACCUCCCUUUCCUAAACCCACUCCUCUCGCAACAUCCACCCUCUUCCAUCCAAACACUCGUCUUCCCCUUCCCUUCCCACCCUUCUCUCCCACCUGGCGUUGAGAACGUCAAGGACAUCGGCAACCAUGGCAACCCCAUCAUCAUCUCUGCCCUCUCCUCCCUUACUGAACCCAUCACCAACUGGUUCCAAUCCCACCCUUCCCCACCCAUCGCCAUCAUCUCCGAUUUUUUCCUGGGCUGGACUCACCACCUCGCUUCCCAACUCGGCAUCCCCCGUGUCUCCUUCUACUCCUCCGGCGCUUUCGUUUCCUCCGUCUUAAUCACUCUAUCCCACAAGAUGGGUUCUCUGAAGCAACCCUUUCUCUCCUUACCUAAUCUCCCAAAUUCUCCUUCCUUUGCGCUCGAUCACCUCCCAUCCAUGCUUCGCCUAUUCAAGGAAUCCGAUCCCGAUUGGGCCUGCGUUAAAGAUGGCUUCAUCGCUAACUCCUUUAGUUGGGGAUCCGUUUUCAACACUUUUGAUGCUCUGGAACAGAUCUAUCUCCGUCACUGGCAGCGGGAGAUGGGCCAUCCACGUGUUUGGGCCGUCGGCCCUCUGAUGAAUCUGGACUCUGCUGGUCCAAGCCCGACUGACCGUGGUGGGCCCAGUUCGGUGCCUUCUGACGCUGUGCUGACGUGGCUCGGUGGUUGCCCCGAUGGUUCUGUGCUUUUCGUGUGCUUCGGCAGCCAGUUUUCUCCGGGGAAGCCACAGGUGGAAGCGAUCGCCGCCGGGCUGGAGGGGAGUGGGGUCCGCUUCAUCUGGUCCGUCAAGUUGAGCGAUUCAGGACCUUUGGCAGAUGAGUGUGGCGAGAUCCUAACUGGUUUGGAAGAUCGAGUGGCUGGGAGGGGACUGAUCAUUAGGGGAUGGGCUCCACAGGUGCCCAUACUGAACCACCGAGCCGUGGGCGGGUUCUUGACUCACUGUGGGUGGAACUCAGUGGUGGAAGGGAUCACGGCGGGUGUGUUGUUGCUGGCAUGGCCGUUGCAGGCCGACCAAUUUGUGAAUGCGAGGUUGUUGGUGGAGGACUUGAACGCUGCCAUUAGGGUGGCAGAGGGCAUCAAUGCCGUGCCUGACUCGGUGGAGUUUGCUAGGACCAUAUCUGAAUCGUUGAGCGUGACUCGCCCUGAGAGGGUCCGAGCCAUGGAGCUGCGCUCAGGGGCCUUAGCCGCAGUGGAACAAGGUGGAAGCUCUUUCAGGGAUUUGGAUAGGCUUGUGAAGGAUUUGUAUCCACUUGGGAGAAAUUCGGGUGAGCUGAGAGAUGAUGAAAAGAAAGAAUGAAUUAGAUUUCAAUACAUUUAUGAUCUUUUUCGAGAUGGAAAAUAAAGAAUAUGGGAUCAAUCGAAAUCUAAUUUUCUUGAAUUUCUUGGUGAGGUAGGUUAGGAAUAUUACAAUCGAACAUCUUAUUGUAUUCAUGGUUGGCGAAGAAAAAGUUGAAAUUGUGGAUCA